UCGCCGCCGCGCCCUAUACCCGCCCGUCGCCUGGGCGGAGUAUAAAAUACUCUACCUGUUCACGGGGAGCAUAUCGUCUCUUGGUCCCGCCCAUAUCGCCACCAGGCCAAGGACAAGCAGCGACUUCAGCGAAUGGACGAAAUGCAGGCCGAUCGUGCGCAGUUUCUGGUCCCGCCGCCUCCGUACGAGGAAUUCGCACCUUCACGGCCGCCCCCCACGACGAACGAGAGCGCGCCGCCCUACCAGACGUAUGCCACUCGCCCCACGACCGCGCACGGCGCGUCGGACUCGGUUCAGACGCCAGACGACCCUUUCGCAUGCUCGCCAGCAUCACCGGGAGGCGUAAGGCUAAUGUCCCUACCGGAUGCACCAGACGCGGCCACUACCGCUCGCCUUCCAGCCUACAGACGCAUUGGCUAUGGCCGAUACCGGACGCACCCCUACCGCCGACCGCUGGAAUGGGCCCGCGAUGAGGACGAAGACGCAGACAUGAUCUGCGAGCUGGAGAACAUUACUAUCUCGGAUGUCAUCUCCACCCCCGAAUAUAUCGAUGCUGCUUCCCAUCCCGACGCUGCCUCCAACUUGUCCGCCGCCGCCUCCUCCUCGAGCCCCAACCACCUCCACCCCGUCCUUACCACCAAUCCCAUCGACUGGGACACGCUCACGUCCUCCCAGCGCGCCGCGCGGCUGUCACAGCGCAUUGCGGACAUCGAUUAUGCACUUUCCGGCUUAGAUGUCGCUAUGUUGAACGACUUGGAGAGGACGAUCAUUGAUUUCGCCCUCUUCGUGCGCCAGAACCUCGCUCAACGCCGGGCGGUAGAGUUGUUCCCGGGAAACAAUCUCUUCUGAACCUGAGUUCACUUUUCUGCGCACGCUUGGCGCUGUAUGUCUUGAUUUUCCACCUUCGUCUUCGUCUUCUUCGUCUCGCUCUGUUUGCUCGUUCCUGGUCCCGUGUUCACUCGUCCCUUGCCCUCUGCUCGCCUGCUUUCUUGAGUUUUUUGUCUCUGCUAUCUCACACCGAUAUCUCGUACCCAUAUCUCGUAUCCUAUCUCGCUGUUCGCUAGUUACCUACACCAUCCUAUUCUCCUAUCCUGUCCAUCUGAUGUGUUCCAUAGUCCGGACAUUAGUGCAUACUAGAUCCACAUACAAAAGGCUCUUACGAGCCACGACGAGCUGGUCUCGAGGGUCGGAGGUCAUGCUACUACUAUACAUGUGUCAGUUAUUUCUUGGAAUGCAUGCGCGGGUGUCGCGUCGUUGCUUUAUCGUA